CGUUGACAGCUAGCACAAGUAGCACAUACUGUAAUUCGUGUAUUGAAAAUUUCAUUUUCAAUUUUCUGGAUUAUGGUGUGGUAAAUUGGUAAUGUUCUUUAAUUUUCAUCGAACAUUGUUGUUUUCAUAGCUCGUAACUGUAUGUGAAUGUAGUGGUGGCAGCUUUAUUCUCAUAAAAAGAGGAACCCUCUCAAAACUGUCCCGAGGAGUCUUCACAAGACUUAAGCACAGCACAAAAGCGUAGAAUCAGACGCAAACGGCUCCAAGCAGCCCGCACAACUAAUCCUAUCACCACCCAUCAAACCAUCAAUAUUAUUGACAGUAUCCGACGAGAUAUCUCAUUCUUACAAGCCACAAACAGCUCCCUGGUACUAGAGAUAGAUCCCUUGCCAAUCAAGUCUAAAUGCAAAAGUUAUGAUAUAGAAAAACUUAUAAAGUCAGAUAAAGAAGUUCAAGAAACAAAAAACAUGUCUUCAACAGAUAAAUCUAGAGAAGAAGUUAAAGCUGCCCGAGAAGCUAAGAAAUUGGCAAAACAAAAGAAGAAAGACCCAGAUCAGAAGGGACAAGAAGCAAAGGUUGCUAAAGAUUUAGCAGUCACAGAAAAAAAUGUUAAAGUAAGUCCUGUUAAAGGGAAAGAUGAGGUAGAUAAGGCUGUCAUACAUACAGAGAAACCUAUAGUUAAAGAAAAUAAAGAAAUCAAGGCUAAAGUAGACAUAGUUCCUAAACCUGUUGAAAAAACAGUUAAAAUAGAAAGCGAUGCCACAUCUGCAGAUGAUAAGUCUAAAGAUCAAAUCAAAGCGGAGAGGGCAGCGAAGAAAGUGGCUAAACAGGCUAAAAAGAAAGGAUCAGAAGGAGAUGGGCCAAAAGGAGAUGGAGAAAUGACUGUUAAAGAUGUUGUAAAUACAUUGAAAGAUAUUGCUAUAGUUGCUAAAGAAGUGCAGGAUGUCACUGCUAAGGUGCAGGCAAUUCAUUUGGAUGGCAGCAAGCCAGAAGAAUCAGGCAAGAGUAAAGCCGAGCUGAAGGCGGAGCGGCGUGCCAAGCAGGAAGCUCAGCGGGCAGCGAAGCAGGCUGCCACUGCCGCCAAGCCUGCUGCCAAGCCUGACAAGCCUAAGGAGGCUCCAACCGAGGCUUUAGACAAGGAGAAAUCUCCAAAACCGAAGUCCCUAGACAGAGCCAAGUCGAAGCCACAAGUGGCGCAGCGAGUCAGCUGGUUCCAGCACCUUAGUGUAGACUCUGACAAGCAGCCGAAAAUCGCCAUCAACUCCAAUCUGCACCCCGCCAUCAUAAAGCUGGGCGUGCAGUUGUCUUCGCGGGUUGUGUCCGGAUCAAACGCCCGGUGUAUAGCACUAGUGGAUGCUUUGAAAAAGAUGGUAUCGGACUAUACGCUCCCAGCGCGCACGGAAUACGCGCGCGGUCUCGAAACCCACUUGAAAGAGAGUCUCACGUACCUCUGGGGCAUGCGACAACCGACGGCGUCGCAAGUGAACGCCGUCAAGUUCUUUAGACAUCAUCUGACGCAGUUGCCACAUAAUGUCGACGAAUUCGAUGCCAAGAAGAUUCUACACGAAGAAAUAGACCGAUACAUCCGAGAGCAGAUCGACAUGGCUGGCGAAGCUAUCAGCAUCGCAGUUCGCAACAAGAUCUCGCACGGGGACAAGAUACUCACCUACGGAUGCUCAUCCCUAAUAGAGCGUAUAUUCCGUGAAGCGUGGGCCGCAGGCGUCAAAUUCGAAGUCGUGGUAGUUGGCAACAGAAUACAACCCCACGGCAGAGAGAUGCUACGACGAUUGGUGAAAUAUGGCGUGCCUUGUACUUAUCUGGAUAUUACUGCUGCUAGCUAUAUCAUGCAGAAGAUAAGCAAAGUCCUGUUCGGCGCCCAAGCGCUCCUAGCCGACGGUUCGGUCCGAGGCGCGCUCGGCACCGCGCAACUCGCCUUACUGGCGCGAGCGAGAAACGUGCCCGUACUAGUGGCCGCGGAGACGCAUAAGGUCUCCGCCAGGGUACAAGCCGCGCCUGCUGAUUAUAACGAACUAGGUGACCCGGACGAUCUGAUCGACAAGUCCGACCCCGACUCACCUCUCAAGGACUGGCGUAACAACCCGAAUUUGACCCCACUCAACCUCAUGUAUGACGUCACACCACCCAGCUUAGUCACCGCUGUGGUUACUGAGCUAGCCAUCCUGCCUUGCACUAGCGCCCCUGUUGUGCUUAGAUUCAAACUGUCCGAGUAUGGUAUAGUGGCUGAAUAAAUUAUUUUAUUUA